AUGUGUUGUACACAGGGCAAACAAGGAGACAGGGGGAAAGUUGGACCACCAGGCAUACAAGGACCUUAUGGCAUACCGGGCCUUCGUGGUGAGAAGGGAGAAACUGGAAAGAGCGGCGUCGAGGGAGAGAAGGGCAUGAUGGGAUUUCCAGGUCCUCCAGGAGGCGACGGACUAAAGGGAAUACGAGGCCUACAAGGAAAUGCUGGGCAGGUUGGACCCAAAGGCGAACAGGGUAACAUUGGUCCCCCUGGGAGGAGAGGAACACCAGGCCUCCCUGGAAUGCCUGGACUGUUUGGGGAAAAGGGCCCAGAAGGGAUUACAGGACUACCAGGUCCCAAGGGGACGAGAGGCCCACCUGGCCUACCGGGAGCGCCAGGCCCUCCAGGGACAUCGUUGAAUCUCACAUUAACAGAGCUCAAGGAGUUCAUGUACAUGUCUGACAGGCCCAACUACAACCUGAUCAGGACCUUGCUGGAGUCUCUGCAGCAGGAGCUGCGCUGGUUUCUAGAUCCACCAGAGGGCACCAAAGAGCACCCAGCCACCAGCUGCCUGGAGCUGUGGCUAGCGCGACCCAACUUCACCAGUGGGAUGUAUUACAUCGACCCGAAUCAGGGCAGCCCUGCGGACGCCGUGCUGGUCUAUUGUGAUUUGACUACAGGAGGGAAAACAUGCCUGUUCCCACAGCAAUCUCAGGUACCACUAAGAGCCUGGCUGAAGGAUUCUCAAGAAGAUUCAUUCCACUGGCUCAGCAGUAAAGAAGGAGGCUUCCAGUUUGAGUACACGCAGAGCAGCGUGGUGCAGAUGAGGUUCCUGAGGCUGAACAGCAACGUGGCCAGCCAGAACAUCACCUUCACCUGUCAGGCCGGCAGCGGACAGGGGGCCAAGGAGAGGGACAUCAAGUUCCUCGCCGACACAAGGAGGCAAAGUUACGUUGGAUCACUACACGACUGUAUGCCCUCUGAAGCACUUGAGGUCGGAGCCCAGCAGUCUGUGUUCCAGUUUGAGACCAGUGACCUGGAUCUCCUGCCAAUCAGAGACUUGGCCUUGUAUGGCACCAGUGACCUCACGGAUGAGUUCAGCUUCACUGUCGGCCCUGUAUGCUUCAGCUAGGACCAGCUGUGUACAGUACAGUACAAUUACAGCGUGCCUGUAUGGAGCACAUCUGAGUCCCCUUUUUGGCCCUCCAGCAAGAUGCUUAAAAAAAACAUGGAGUAACGAAAACAUGGAGGAAACAAAGAAGUGGGGGAAAAACUUAAAGAAACAGGAUGUGGAUGCCUUUUCUGUUAUCUCUGGAUCCAGGAACUUCAUCAGGAAGUAGCUCACGAACAUUUCUACGUAAACUCUUUUUUUCUUUCGAGCUCUUGACUUUUCAAGGGGCAGUUACGUUUCAGCAAAUUAUGACAUUGUUUUGUUUACAAAGGCUUUUUAGCUGGUGCUUAUUUAUAUGUGGGUUGCGUGUAUGUAUGUUCAUUUACCCUAUAUUGUGACAAAACAAACAAACAAAAACAAAACAAAAGACGAUGAGUACUUUCAAGGGCUGGAUAUCCUUUCUUUACAUCAGGUAUGUUCAUGACAAUAAUAAACUGUGGACACGUCUGUGUCAGAUGCAUGUUAACAAUGUUCUCUAAAUUAGAGACUGCUGACAUUUAGGUUGAAACAAACGAAGCCCCAUUACCAUCCCACACAUUCAAAUAGUUUUAAGAGACCACAGUCAUGUCAACAUUUAUCAACAUUUAAGUUAUACCUUGUUUUCCCACAAGCGCACAAAUGAUUGACAUGGCAGUCAUUGGCAGUGAGGUACACCUUGUCUCAACAUACUGCUAUACUCUAUUGACAUCGCUACAAGGUAUUACGAUCCAGAUCAGAUGGGUAAAUAAUAGCCUUUUUUACUUCUUCAACAAUACUGUAUCUGUACGACAGGCACUGUAUCUCACUCAUAUUAUGAUUAUUUGGGGUACUUCGUAAAUUAUAAAGGCUGAGACUUAUUGUUUUAAUGGAGUCAGCAAAGUCAACAGACUUACAUUAUGUCCUGUGUAAACUGUCCAAAAAGCAAAUUGGUUUCCAAAUAAACAAUCAACAUUUGGCCAAUAGAAUUACUGCACGUGAUUAUAAACUUGAAGAAACAAACCCAUUUUUUUAUGUACUCCCAUCUUUAUAUGAACUGUCACGUUUCAUCCUUCAACUGAUGUUGACUGGGCCAGAUCCACAUCUAGGAAACAAAGAACUAUUGUCCCUUACAAUGGCAAAGUGCAGUAACUCUGACAACAUCGAAACCGGGAAAAAAAUGCCUUCAGAGCCUUGGUAUUAGGUUGAAUAUUGUAGUUACUGUAAAUUUGGCAUCGCAAUAUCUCUGAAACGGGACACAUUUGGACCACAAGGAUUUGUCACAAGAUAAAGGAGGUGUAUUGAAGACCAUUUUCAGUCUAAACUCAAUGUAGUAAAACAUUUCAGUCCAAACUCAAAAGAUGAUGAUACUGCACUUUGCCUUUGUAGGGCAGUCAUUUUGCAUGAAGUAGUGACAUGGUUGCCUUAGCUGGCUGAGACAAUGUUGUUUCUUUUGUGUAGGGUUGGCCAUAAUGAUACGACACAUUUCAAAUACUAAUGCCUUUAAUUAUCAAAAUGGUCUAAGACCUACAGUAUACCAAAUAUAUUUAUUACAUUUCAGAGGACCACACAUUCGCUAGCUACGUUUACAUGAUGAUUUAAUAUCUGAUUUAACUCACUUUAAUUCUGAAUAAAGCUUAAUUCUGCUUUAAAAACAUCAUGUAAACAUAGCCAUUAUCUACAUGCAGAUACCAGGUUGUCCUAAUACUGUUGCCUCAAAUGCAUUUGGUUCAUUCAAGUGCAUGUGUAUGUAUAUGCGUUGCAUACAAAAGCACAUUGUUUGAUGCCACAACAUAUACCGUAAUGACCACCCAAAAAAACAAAUGUGUUGAAAUCCUGUCUAUGAACUAUGAUUUUGUAUUUGGAAUGUGUCUUGUUAUUGGGGGCCAACCUGCAUUGGUUUUAUUUUGUUUCAGGCUGUCAUUUUCUUGGAUGUAUAUUAGUUCUAUUUUUUUUUAUCUUACUGUAAUUUAUGGUGUGGUCAUUUUGGUAAUUUAAGUAAAUGUCAUUACCAGCUCUGA